UUUUAUGCAGUAUCAAGAGGUUUAAAAAACAACUGUCCAGGCAAUUACUUGUUGUGAUUUGUUAUAAAAAAUCACAUAGAUUCAUAAUUAAAUAAAACGAUGUAAAGGAAAAUCGGGAAGUUUUAUCGUGUUUUGGCGUGUGAUUGUUGAUUCAGCAGCGUGCCCCUGUGUGCGAUGGACGGCGGGCCGUGGGAACUGAACAGCUCAGCACCCGCAACUCUUGUCGUUUCCCUGGACGCCCUGUCGCUCCUCUUUAACUGCUGUGUACUGGGGAUCACUUUUCUCGCCGGCAUGAUGGGGAAUCUACUAGUGUGCUGGGCGGUUUACCGGAACAAAAGUUUGCAAACUGCCAACAACACGCUGCUAGUGAACUUGGCCGCCAACGACUUAUUGAAGUGCUCCUUGGAUAUCCCCCUCUUUAUGCUGGCCAGCGUGUUCGAGAAAAGCCGUCUGGAGGCGGGGGAGACGCUUUGCUGUCUGCAUCAGUUCACUUACUCUCUGAGCAGCUGCGUCCAGCUGCUGACCCUGGUGAUCAUAAGCGCGGAAAGGUUUCAAGCUAUCGCAUUCCCCUUUGAGACGGACAGAAGGAAACUGCGAAUAAAAGCCUGGUUACUGGUUAUCUGGGCCGUUGGUUUCUCAUUGGGGGUUCUUUCAGUGACACUGUCCAAAGACACUUUGUUUUAUAUGAUGUGUCGGCAUCUUCGUGUUUCAGCUCGAAGCUAUUUUGACCCGUUCGGGAUCUAUGUUUUGGUGCCGGUUUGGAUGUUUUCCCUAACGCUAAUAAUAGUCCACUACAUGCGCAUUUUUGUGGUGGUAAGACAGCACGCUAACAAAGUAUUCGACGUCGGGAUCCCAUCCAGACCGCGAGUAGGCAACCCCGUUUCCAACUGGAGCGUCACCGCGCCAGACUGCGAUGACCCGAAGCCUCCCGGGGUUAGUAAAAGCACUCCUGCUUCACUGAACACCCUCUAUUCCUCGGAAGGGGGAUCUGUAGAGAAUGGACCCGGUAAAGCCCCUGACGUUGUGGGGGCGAUAUGCCUUCUCACUCCAAGUUCUAGGGAACACGCCAAAAAGAGAAUGGAAGGCAAACUGGCUAAACGAUUCGGCUAUAUCAUCAUCGCCUUCUUGGUCUUCUGGGCACCAAUGGUGGUCAUUCUGUUGAUGAAUGUCCUAACGUCUAGCUCUGCGCUCCUGGAGCUGGAAUUGUCUGCGAUGGUGCUCACCUGCGUGCCGGCUGCCAUCAACCCUCUGAUUUACACUGUGGUGAAUCACCAGUUCCGUUCUGAGUUCGGCAGGGUCUUCUCCACUGCAAGGUCCUGCCUCCUGGGAUGGAGGGGCUGAGGAGCCCUCUGGACGACAGCCACAGCAGGCGUGUCCACCCUGUGAGACGAGGCAGAGCAGACUGGCGAAUGAAAGGCAGCUAAAAAUAAAUGUCACAGGUUUUAUGAAACAACAACAAAAUAUGAAAUAGAAUUACAUUUAUACAUUUCCUUGUUUGUCUCCACGAGCUGCAUCGCUUCAUGCAAAAAUGUGCAAUGCGUGAAUGCACUUUCAAUUUAGUCUUUAGAGGACAAUAUUCGUAGUUUUCUAAAACAGGGCAGAGCUGGUAGGUGACAUUUAUAGUUUUUAUAGGUAUAUUAAGAAGGACAAUCUUUUGAUAAGUUUUGGACAUUCAAUUUUUGGAUCGUGUUUUCCCUUUGUAAAACAAUAUUUUAAUCAAUAAACUCUCUAAUUGUUUAAACCCACAGAACAAUCUACCAUGCCCUCUUGUAAAAGCUGCUUUGCUUUGUGCUUUUGAAGCCUUAAUUAAGAUAGAAUUUCUAUCACCUUGAACUGCUGCAUUAUGUGCAUUGCAAAUAAUAUUAUAUUUGUGAAUUUUUUUUUC